AGAACCGCUACACAGCUGUUUUGCCAUGGAGUCUUCAGCCGAAAUGUCUAAACUGGAGUCUUUAAAUUCCUUUUUCUACGAGCGACUGAUGGCUGUCGCAGGAGAGAUAUUUCAAGCAGUUAAAGACACUUUCUUCGAGUACCAAGAAGAAAUACAUCGCUCCAAACAGGAAAACCUUUACUUGAGGAAAAUGCUAGCAGAAGUUAGCAUAAACAAUGGCUCAGAUUCACAGCUCGGGCAGGCAGAAGGAGUUUCUCCUCAGAACACCAACCAUGGCCCACUGGACUCUGUUGUACAGGUGAAGCUGGAACUUUGCACUGUGCAGCAGGACACCGAGCCACAACAGCCAGUAAAAGAUGUGUCUUCAUGUCCUUCUCCUUAUGCAGCGCCUGCCUAUCUUGAAGAGCCACCUCACUCUUUUUCAGUUAAAACUUUAAACGCUGAAGAGGAAAAGGGUGACUGCUCACAGACGGACUCCUCAACCAGAUUAGAAGCCUGGAACUCUCAGGUCAUCUCUGAUGACUCGAAUCCUACUUCAAUGCGAUCUAAUGGUGGACAUGAAAAUCAGUUGGUGGUUGUAAAAGAUGAACCAGAGUCCAAGUCCUACUCUCAGUGCAAGGAAUCGUACAGUGAUUUUACUCAUUUAUCAUCUCACUUGCUGAGCCAAACUGCAGACAGAUUGCUUUAUUGCGAAGUCUGUGGUAAGUCGUUCAAAUAUGACCGACUCCUGAAGGCGCACAUGGUGGUGCAUCAGAAAGAGAGGCCGUAUCGCUGUGAGCUGUGUGGAAAGUGCUACAGUUAUGCACAUGUACUCAAAAUCCACCUUAGAACUCAUACAGGCGAGAGACCGUAUCACUGCAAGUACUGUGGUAAGACAUUCAAUCAGAAGGGCCAUGUAAAGGGGCAUGAAAGGAUUCACACUGGAGAAAAAAUCUACAGCUGUUCGGUCUGUGGGAAGCGAUUCACUUGGCUGGGCCAAGGAAAGGAACACCUCCGGAUUCAUCAUGAUCAAGUGGCUACAAUUAUAAGGAAAAGAAAAAGUAACUGUUGAAUAUGAAGACACGUGUUGAAUCAGACAGAAUUAAACCCACCAGCUUUCCUUUUCCCUUUUUUAAUAUUUAUAGCGCAUAUAUAGCCUAAUGUAAAACAUGGCAACAAACGGAGACAAUGCAGACGCUUUCAUUACGUUGGACUGUAGACUGACAUGGAACAGCUUAUGUUCCUUUUAAAUUGACCCUGUUGUUGUUAUCAUCAUCAUCAUCGUUAUCAUCAUCAUCAUCAUGAUCAUGCCUUGGUUGUUCACUGGUGGAACACCGUACACACAAAAUAGUGAUAGAUGAGUGAAUGGAACGGAAGAAGACACUGCAGUUCUCAUUCCUUGCUAUUUUGUAUCUGAUACACGUCAGAGUAUAGUAGCAUCUGUUGCCUUGCUAUUAAAACUCGAGAGCCACAUAGUUUUCCUGCUUUCUCAAAAUGAAUGUACAACCCCAAUUCCAAUGAAGUUGGGACGUUGUGUAAAACAAAUAAAAACAGAAUACGA